CCUAACCUGAAGUUAAUACGUCUUGAAACUGACGUAUAAUUGCAGACGUAGCUUUAACAACAACCUCAACUCUGUUGGGUCUUUAGUAGAAUAAUUCUUAGUUUCUCAAAAACACAGCUAUGAACAAUGUAACUUGAAUCAUUGUAGUAUAGUAGUAUACUAUUCCAAUCAACCAAACAAACAGACACGAUCUUUCCGAGCAUCCCUUUCCGAGCGCGCAGCUGAGCAGAGCUGAGCAGAGCAUUUCCCGGCCGAACCCCACUCGUCUGCCAACUAAUUUCGCCAGCAUCACCAGCUUCACCAUACAUAGUACAUACCUAAUCCAAGUCCAGGGAACCCGACUACCUAUUUAGCAUUAUGGGGGCCUCUCGCGUCCUCCGGCGUUUCUUACCCUUCAGCCGUACGGUGACGCCGCUGCAAGCUGCCACCUAUCUCCUCGGCAUCGCGCUGUUCAGCAUCUCGUUCCUCGUCUUCCUCAACUCCGCCGUGUCCUUCGUCAUCACCGACCUGUUGGGCGUGAAGACGGGCGUCGGCGAUAUCGUCGGCACCCUCGGCUUCGUGGACGAGGUCGUCGCGCUCGUCGCCUGUCCAGCGUGGGGCCUCGUUAGUGAUCGCUUGGGCGUGCGCUGGGUCGCCGUUCUCGGAUACGGUAUUAUUGCUGUCAGUCUGUUCUGCUUCGUCCAGGCCCGCGAUGUGUAUCCCAGCUUGGUGAUUGCGCGGAUCGCCUUCGCGCUGGGCGCGACGGCUGCCGCGACUAUGGUUACGGCUAUCUUGCCCGUGCUUACGAACAACGAGGGGGCGGCGGUUGAGGACGGGGUUGAUGGGGGAAACGAUGAUACUGUAAGUGUGGAAAGCGAGGACUCGAGUCGCAAAUCGAGUCAUCAUCAGAGAGAUAGCGUGGCUAUGAGCUUGGAGAGUGACGCUACUAUUACUCCGGAGAUAUUUACCCAGAACUUGUCACGUAACCGAAGGGGAAGCGGUGGUUCAGAAUACUCUUCAGAUACAUACUGUACCACCGAGGAAAAAGGUGGUAGACCGUCGGCUCUCGCAGGAUACGUCGGCCUGUUCACAGGCUGCGGAGCGUUAGUCGCUCUGGCUCUUUUCUUACCGCUACCGGCACGAUUUUCCAGGAAAGAGGGCGUUACCCCCGCACAGGCCAUCACGCAGAGCUUCUACGUCGUUGGCGCCGUUUCCCUGGUCGUAGCCGUCUUCGUGUUCUUCGGUCUUCGCGGUUUACACGGAGAGGAAGGGAAGGGCUGGCGGAUGCUCCUCGGCUUACGCAAGCAGCAGCAGCAGGAUGUCGAUGAACCUAGCGGUUCCUCCAGAUGCUUUGCGUCUUCGUUGUCCAGAGCAGCGCACAACGGGCCGCUUCCAUACCACAAGCUUCUGAUUUCGUCGCUCCGCCUCGGUGCGACGGACCCGCAUAUUGCGCUCGGAUAUCUGGGAGGCUUCGUAGCACGCGCAAGCACCGUUGCUAUCUCGCUCUUCAUACCGCUUUACGUAAACGCGUUCUUUAUCGGCAACGGGUAUUGCCGCGGUUCGCCUAACGACCCGUCGCCUGACUUGAAAAAGGAGUGCCGCGCCGCAUACGUGUUAGCUUCGAUCUUGACUGGCGUCGCGCAGCUGGCUGCUCUCCUAUGUGCGCCUCUAUUCGGUUACGCCAGUAGAAAGAGCAACGGCAUUAAUAUUCCCCUUGUAUUCGCAUCCCUCCUCGGCGUCGUGGGAUGGAUCGCGUUCCCGCGGCUUCAAAGCCCCGAGUAUGCGAACGUGAGCAACCGCGGCGGGAGCCCGGCUGUUUUCCUCGUGGUAAUGCUGGUCGGCAUCAGCCAGAUCGGCGCCAUCGUGUGCAGCCUCGGAUCCCUAGGCCGCGGUGUCUUGGCUGCUGACGUUCCUAUUAUUUCCAACGACGACGAGGAGGGCAAUGGGGUCCCGCACUCGAAUGACGACGAGACAGAUUCCCUGCUGGGACAGGACGCGGGCGGAAGCAGCGGCAGCGACGCCGGUCCUAGGAGAAUGCAGAGAAGAGCGCUGGUGUCCCGCGUGCAGCUCAAAGGCUCCAUCGCGGGCGUGUACUCGUGGUGCGGCGGCGUCGCGAUUCUGCUCCUGACGAAACUCGGGGGCUACCUGUUUGACGUGGCGUCGCCCGGCGCUCCGUUUUACAUGAUGGCUGUUUUCAACGGUGUACUGUUCGUUGCGAGCACAGCUAUCGGUGUCGCUGUGAGGAGAAGUGGUAGGUCGACGAGUUCCUGAAAAAAAAAAAAAAAAAAAAAAAAAAACAGAAAGAGAAAAGAAAAGAAAAGAUAGGGUUGAAACGAAAGAGAUAAAAGCGCAAAAGGGGAUUAUGACCCUUGUGUAAUUCUUACUAUGUAGAACUAGCGCGAGAUGAACGCGGUCAUUUGAAUGCGAAAAGAGACGAUGAUGUUCUCGUAUUGUAAACUGCCUCUAUUUAUUGCAGCUGACAUGCUUAAUGUACUAGGUACAGAUCUGGG